CCCUGCCCCGGCUGCCCCUCUUCAGACAGCAUGGUCCGCCAGUUCAAGUACCAUGAGCAGAAACUUCUCAAGAAAGUCGACUUCCUAAAUUGGAAACAAGAUGCAAAUGUUCGCGAGAUCAAGGUCAUGCGCAGGUACCACAUCCAAGACAGAGAAGACUACCACAAAUACAACAAACUAUGUGGCUCAAUCAGAGCCUAUGCGCACCGUCUCUCCAUGCUCCCAGCUCAGGACCCCUUUCGCUCACAAAUGGAAGCCCAGCUGCUUUCGAAACUAUACGACAUAGGCGUUCUUAACUCCCAGGCCAAAAUGAGCGAUGUCGAAAACAAACUCACAGUCUCUGCGUUUUGUCGUCGCCGCCUCGCCGUUUUCAUGUGCAUGAGUAAGAUGGCCGAAACAGUUAGUGCAGCAGUCAAGUUUAUAGAGCAAGGUCACGUCCGUGUCGGGCCAGACACGAUCACAGACCCUGCUUACCUUGUGACCCGACACAUGGAAGAUUUCGUGACUUGGGUUGACACAUCCAAGAUCAAGAGAACGGUCAUGAAAUACAACGAUGAGCUCGACGACUAUGAUCUUCUCUAGUCUGGCCACCGACCUUUGUCUGAAAUGCUUAUCACCACAAUAAGCUCCACAUCGGUAGCUACGAUGCUGAUACGUGUUGCUGCUCCUGUGCCUAAUACCGCGUAAUAUUAACGCGUCUCCUCGACUUCGACUUACUAACGGAAGAUAGAGAACUUGGGAUUGGGGAGGACUGAAGAAUUUGUUUCAAUUGUAGCCAUAUCCCUUGUUAUAGCUAGACUACUACACUAUUUACUGCCAAUUCAACUUGAUCUAC